UGCUUGGCGUCUAGUCUUUUUGCGUGUUUUUUUCAGCUGUAGUUUUUUCAUAAACAUCCACAAUGACAGGCGUUUAUGAGUCUCCGAAAACCCGGAUCAACACGUCGAUGCUGUCUCAGUAUAUCAGUCGACCAGUCUGCUUCGUUGGACGCUUGGAGAAGGUACAUCCAUCAGGAAAGGUUUUUACACUGGUAGAUGGUGAAGGAAAGUCAGCGUCAGUGGAGCUCAAUGAACCCCUGGACGAAGAGCUGAGUGGGAUUGUGGAGAUUAUUGGAACGGUGUCCAACAAAGGAGCAAUCAUGGCUACUUCGUAUACUCAGUAUCGAGAAGACAAAGUCCCGUUUGAUUUGGAGCUGUACAAUGAAGGUCUGAAAGUUCUUCAUGAUUUUCCUCAGCAUUACCCAUUUGAAGUGUCAAUGAGUGGUUAAACAACUGUCUUUUAUUUCCCUUUUUACCUUGUUUUUGUAUAAUUGGAUAUUACUGUUUCUGUAAAUAAAACAAUGAAAACA